CCAGCUCGUGCUCUUCAUUCCAGUGCACGAGCCGAGCGAAGCAGACGGUCCAACCCAGCAAAACAAGCAGCAGCCAGAGCUGAUAAAUUCGCUCUCAGGGAAUAAAUAAUAUCUGAUCUAUUAACCGCGCGGCUGUUUCUUCUUCACUGCAGGAAUACCACUUCUUCUUCUUCUUCUUGAUCAUCGUGGACGCAUGUGAGCGCGCACAUGCCCGGCUCUGGACUGUAUAAUAGGACACCAUGGCUCUCUGACACAAGUGCGGCUCUUCUGACAGAGAAACAGAGAAAGUCUUUUGGGGAUCUCCUCGCUGUUAUUUCGCCUCUUAUUGACUAACAACGAAAAUACUGCUGGGAAUUAUUCUCCCUGGAUGGUGCCCGCGCGGACUGGACUACCUGUUUUCAGCUGAAUGCGAGAGGAAGGGACUGCUGGAAGACUUGCUGCCUUUUCUCUGGUUUAAUAAGAAUAAUAAGGUUGGAGAUCACUGAAAAUCGAGAAGGAGCUGCUGCUAUAUUCGCACGUUGCGCAGGGUGUUAUUUCCUCCCAAACGCUCACCUUUACGCGUUUUGGUGAAUGGGGGUAACUCUGGUCCUGGAGGCUUGACACCACUGGGACUAUUGGGACUGGGUCUGGGACUGGGACUACUGGGUCUGGGUGCGUGGAGCGUCGGAUCACCCUUGUGUUCCCUCUCUCUGGGUCUAUUUACAUGUCCGACCUGACUGCUUUAUGACAAUGGAUUACUUUCUGCUUUUAUGCAGCCUCUUGCUGCCCAUGGUGUUUGCCGUUGAAGAGACGCUGAUGGACACGAAGUGGGCCACGACAGAAUUAGCCUGGACUGCGCACCCUGAGACCGGGUGGGAAGAGGUGAGUGGCUACGACGACGCCAUGAACCCCAUCCGGACGUACCAAGUCUGCAAUGUACGAGAGCUCAACCAGAAUAACUGGCUACGCAGUGACUUCAUCCCACGGAAGGAUGUGCUGCGUGUAUACGUGGAGAUGAAAUUCACGGUGCGCGACUGCAACAGCAUUCCCAACAUCCCAGGUUCCUGCAAGGAGACCUUCAACCUCUUCUACUACGAGUCGGACUCAGACUCGGCCACAGCCACCAGCCCUUUCUGGAUGGAGAACCCUUAUGUGAAGGUGGACACUAUCGCCCCAGAUGAGAGCUUUUCCAUGCUCGAGACCGGGCGGGUAAACACAAAAGUUCGAAGUUUCGGGCCGCUGUCCAAAGCAGGGUUCUACUUGGCCUUCCAGGAUCUCGGCGCUUGCAUGUCGCUCAUCUCGGUGAGGGUCUUUUACAAGAAGUGCUCCACCACCAUCGCCAACUUUGCUGUUUUCCCAGAGACGGCGACUGGGGCCGAGGCAACCUCCUUGGUCAUUGCGCCGGGGACUUGCGUCCCCAACGCACUGGAGGUGUCCGUGCCGUUGAAGCUCUAUUGCAACGGAGAUGGCGAGUGGAUGGUUCCCGUAGGAGCCUGCACCUGUUCGUCUGGCUUUGAACCAGCCAUGAAGGAGACCCAGUGUCAAGCUUGCAGCCCUGGCACCUUCAAGUCCAAACAGGGAGACGACUUCUGCUUGCCCUGUCCAGCCAACAGCCGUGCCACCUCAGGAGCAGCCAGCGUUUGCGCCUGUCGAAACGGUUACUACCGCUCAGACACCGAUUCUCCCGAUGCCCCCUGUACCACUGUCCCUUCUUCACCGCGCAGUGUCAUCUCCAGUGUGAACGAAACCUCGCUGGUGCUGGAGUGGAGCGACCCGCGUGACUUGGGCGGCCGUGAAGACAUCUUCUACAACGUCAUCUGUAAGAAGUGCCUACCCGAGCGGGGAAUGUGCUCGCGAUGUGAUGACAAUGUCGACAUCUCGCCGCGCCACCUGGGCCUGACCCAACGCCGCGUGGCCGUCCGUAACCUACAAGCCCACACGCAGUACAGCUUCGAGAUCCAGGCGGUCAACGGCGUUUCUAACAAGAGCCCCUACACGCCUCAGUUCUCUUCAGUGAAUAUCACCACAAAUCAGGCCGCUCCGUCUGCAGUGCCCACGGUUCACCUGAUGGCGGCCACAGCGAGCACCAUGAGCCUGUCCUGGCUGCCUCCAGAGAAACCCAACGGAAUCAUUCUGGAUUAUGAGAUUAAGUACCAUGAGAAGGUAAGCGGCAAUGAUCAGGGUGAGGCCAUCGCCCAUACCAUGACCGCCCAACGAAGCAACGCCCGCAUUGAAGGUCUCAAGCCUGGUACGCCUUACGUGGUGCAGGUCCGCGCCAGAACAGUGGCCGGUUACGGCCGUUACAGCAGCCCAGCCGACUUCAGCACCAACCUGCAAUCCGACCCUCCAAAGUCAUGGCAGGAGCAGCUGCCACUCAUUGUGGGAUCAGCCACCGCCACCUUGGUCUUCAUCAUUGCAGUUGUGGUCAUCGCUAUCGUCUGCCUCAGAAAGCAGAGAAACGGUUCAGAGUCGGAGUACACAGAGAAACUGCAGCAGUACAAAUCCCCUAUAGUAACGCCGGGAAUGAAAGUCUACAUCGACCCCUUCACCUACGAGGACCCCAACGAGGCCGUGCGCGAGUUCGCCAAGGAGAUCGACGUCUCCUGCGUGAAGAUCGAGGAGGUCAUCGGCGCAGGUAACCCACCAAAGCUCCUGAGCUACAGGGGGAAGACUGCUAGUCACCUCCAGGCCAUACCGUUAGAGGACUUCACACCAAGCGGAGAGUUUGGCGAGGUGUGCCGCGGUCGCCUCAAGCUGCCUGGGCGCCGGGAGAUCAUCGUAGCCAUCAAGACUCUCAAGGUGGGCUACACUGACCGCCAGAGGCGAGACUUCCUGUCUGAGGCUUCCAUCAUGGGCCAGUUCGACCACCCCAACAUUAUCCGACUGGAAGGUGUGGUCACCAAGAGUCGGCCGGUGAUGAUCGUGACCGAGUUCAUGGAGAACGGAGCGCUGGACUCAUUCUUAAGGCUCAAUGACGGGCAGUUCACAGUGAUCCAGCUGGUUGGCAUGCUGCGUGGUAUCGCAGCAGGCAUGAAGUACCUGUCAGACAUGAACUACGUGCACAGAGACCUGGCCGCCCGUAACAUCCUGGUCAACAGUAAUCUGGUGUGUAAGGUGUCUGACUUCGGUCUAUCUCGUUUCCUCGAGGACGACCCUACGGACCCCACCUACACCAGCUCCCUGUAUUUCAUGCUCACCUACUCAUUCGCAUAUCCACAGGGGGGCAAGAUCCCCAUUCGCUGGACGGCUCCCGAGGCGAUUGCCUACAGGAAGUUCACCUCGGCCAGCGAUGUGUGGAGCUACGGCAUCGUCAUGUGGGAAGUGAUGUCGUACGGCGAGCGGCCGUACUGGGACAUGAGCAAUCAAGAUGUGAUAAAUGCCGUGGAGCAGGACUAUCGACUGCCCCCACCCAUGGACUGCCCCACAGCGCUGCACCAGCUCAUGUUAGACUGCUGGGUGAAAGAGAGGAACCUGCGACCCAAAUUCACCCAGAUUGUGGCCACGCUAGAUAAGCUUAUCCGCAACGCCGCUAGCCUCAAGGUGGUCACCAACAGCGCACAGUCCUCUGGGGUAUCCCAGCCCUUGCUUGACCGUUGUGUGCCAGACUAUACCACUUUCACCACUGUGGGGGACUGGCUGGACGCCAUCAAGAUGAGCCGCUACCGUGACAACUUCGUCAACGCCGGAUUUGCUUCCUUUGACCUGGUGGCCCAGAUGACAGCAGAGGACUUGCUGCGGAUAGGGGUAACGUUGGCCGGCCAUCAGAAGAAGAUCCUCGGUAGCAUUCAGGACAUGAGACUACAGAUGAACCAAACACUUCCUGUCCAGGUGUGAGCGACGGGACACACAGACCGAUGCAGUCGAAGGACAGCCAGACAGGAAAAAGGGGGGAGGAACUGUGCCAGAGAGAGCCAUUGGAAAACCCUAGCUGCCUGACCCAUCUCUGCCAAUUAGACGCUAUGAAACUGGCUUGCAGUGCCUCUGACUAUUUUAUUUUCCUUUAUUUCACUACCACUUCCAUUUCCUGUUCCUGCUUUUUUUUGUUAUUCGUCAUUGUUGCUUUUUCCAUCCAAUCAGAAUUAGUGUGUUUUUGAAAGAGGAAGACGAGUUAACCCUCCCCCCACCUUAUAUCCCAUGCGUGCCUCACCAGCUCUGGUGUGGGUUGACGUUUGCAUGCAUGUGUGUUUUAGUGAGGUUGGCCUUAGCCCUGUAACUGAAAUGUCACGCAAGAGCCCCUCCCCGUGACCUCUCAACCCAGCUUUGAUGGACGUAAUAAGUAGUAAAGAACGAACGCCCCCUGGUUUUGUAUAAAAAAGUGAAAAAGGAGACAAAAAAACAGGAGGUGUUUCAGAACCCACAGGAGAUAGAGAGAGGACAAUCCUUCCCCUGAUAGAAGUUGUUUUACUGUGCACGUGUGUGUCGUUCUCCAUCUUCAUAUUGAAGGUGUGUUAUCUAAAAGGGCACUUGCUGGAGAAGGGCGAGGUGGCGGAGGAGUAUUUACGAUGGGCUGAGGUCAAAGGUCAAGAGGAUGACAGAGGUCAGAAAGGUCAAAGGAGGGCAGCCACAUUUUUCUUGGACACUUGUUUUGGCUGAAUCCUCAGAAAGGUCACCAGACGACCUCUUCACCCCCGACCUGCAGUGACUCAGGAUAGCUCCACAGCUUGGGAUCACCUGCUCAUCAACUGUGUUUUUUACACAUAAAACAAAUGUUUUAUUUUUGUUUGUCCACACACCUUUUUUUUGGGCUUUCUUACACAUUUUUUUGGGAGAGUUUCAAAACGGCCGGUCGAACCCAAGUACCCCCUACUGGACGCUUUAUGUGAUUAAGGGGAGACAAGGACUGUGGCAACACUAUAGAAAGACCACUUGGCCUUUUGUGUGUGUUUUUUGUAUGUGUGCGUGCGCAUGUGUGCGUGUAUGUGUGAUUAAGUGUGCUUGGACGUGCGGGUGUGUCGAGUUGCACACAAGUAUACUGUACAAUACAGCUUCCGCUAUUUGCCACCGUGGAGAAUUAACGCAUGAACUGAACCGUGACAAGGAGCAAAUAUAUCUGAAACAAUUUACGCUAUAUUCUGUGGACAACUGUUAAACAUUCUUUUUUACUGAAUCCAAAAGAAAUGAACUUAGGACAUGCAUAUAUAUAUAUAUGUAUAUACAUAUAUAUACAUAUAUACAUACACUACAUGCACCAUGCAGAAACUGAGAGAAAUCAUGAUGGACACCUUACUUUCUACUUACUAUUAUCCGGAUUUAGAAAUAAUCAAAAUUAUUGUUUUAAUUUCUUGACAUCCCGCCCAAUGUAUUUAUUUGUACCUUGCCCUCCAACCCCACCCAACCCCACCCCACCCCCCCAACCAACACCCAGAUGGACUGUAUUUGGGACAUUGGAACAAUCAGAAGGAAGAGAAACUCCAAGAGGAUUCGCCUAAUGAAUUGCUCAUUAUUAAACAAAAAGAAAUUGCAUAUAAAUUGGAUAUUGUAUUUUUGUUGUUGUUCUAAACAGCCUGUACAUGUUUUGUAACAAAAAUACGAUAAAAUAACAAAAGAAAAAAUGGUGUUUUGACAAAAAUGGAAGUGUUGUUGUGAAAUGUUUGAUUCGGAGUGAAAUUAACAGAAAGCAAAGUAAGGAGAGAGAGAGAGAGAGAGAGAGAGAGAGAGAGAGAGAGAGAGAGAGAAUGGAGGUGGAAAGAAAGAGAUGAACAACACCCGUGGUUAGACUGCAGUACAUUUCGCCUUUUUGCGCUCCGUCCAUUGUUGUGUGUGAGUGUCUGUGUUCAAGUUUGUGUGUUUCACCUGAACUGGAUAUUACGCUUCCCCAAUCCAUUCUCAUUCUCAACAUAAAGAGCAUCUGUGAAGCACUGAGCUGUUACUAAUUGUCUUCUAGGCACAUUUUUCCAACUGAAAACCUCCUUCAAAACCACUCACAUGCAUCUCUGUGGCUUCACUAGGUUUUAUUUUGACUUAUUUACCAUCACCUCCAACAAUGGGAUCCUCCCAAACCAUUUUUAUGUUGGACAGUUAAAGAGUCAUCUCCUGCCUACCUGCCAAUCAUCUCAAUCGCCCCAGAGGCGGAGCUCCAUCACUAGACCUAUGCUUUGCCUCCCUGCAACAGGAUCCUCAUCGGAGGAUCCAGAGCUGUCAAAGAGAGAAACCUAUUGGUCUUUGUCUGUCAGGUCGAUUAAUGCGGCAGCCAAUCUGGCACUGCGACGAUACGAGCAUGAAGCGAGCGCAGACAUACGGCGCGCUGACCUAUCAUUAUCUCUCUUCAUUUCCUGUCUGGCCUGCAAUCAUCCUGUCUCAGCUCGGGCUGCUGCGUGAUUAGUACAGUGCAGGAUCAACAGCCCUGGCACGCAGACAGCCAAAAUCUGCAGACCCCCUCGUCCUAAAUGAUAGCAGCUGCAUCACGGAGACCGUACUAUUUGCACUUCUCACGGAGGGGUGUUUGAAGGUAGUGGAUUAUUAAAAGGGAUGGGGCUGGCUGCACCACUUGGUGUGAUCUUCCAUGACAGUCUCCAUAUUGUUUGGGUUGGAGCUGAUCAAUGCAAUAUGUGAAUAUUAUUAGUUAGGUGUGUAAUGAUAGCCAUGCAGUGUGUCUUCCCAUAUUACUUUUGUCAGCCUCUCCUUUGAGUCCCUUCAAAAGCCAUGGAGGAUAUUAUGCAAAUGUGUUUCCCGUUUGAUAUCGUUUCAUCUUAUACCACAUACAGACGUUUUCACUACUAGUACACUCUGCAAAGGGCUUACUAACCUGUAACAGUGGUAGUACACAAUCAAGUAGUAAUUUAACUGUCGUGUACUCAAACUAUACAGGAAAUAAGUCUCGUAUCCCAAAAACUGCGAUGAAAAAGUGUUGAAAGAGCCUGUUAGAUGAGCAAACAGUUUGUCUUGAUCUCAUUCUGCGGGAUAUUUUGUUUCUCCCCAAAGCAAAACAGCAUUUUGAUUGAAAAAGGACUGACAUAGUCUACGUUUGGAGACAAGAGAAGAGCCGAAUUAAUGCAAUCAGAUGCUCACUUUUACCUAAAAGUCUCCCAAGAAUAUACAACAUUUCUCCCUCCUGCAUUCAGCUCAAUCAUUCAAUCAGCUAAGCCCCACUGUUGCAAAGUCGCACCAAAAACAGACAGUUGAUGAGCAUAAAAAUAGAGCAGGGGGGGCUAAACACAAUCAGAUGGCAGACGUGCCCACUCUUGAAAAAUGGCAGCGCUUUGGCACUCGCAUGAACUAUUGAUGAGGUGCACGUGGCGCGCCGGAGUCCGGGGGUGCGUUCACAAAAGUCAACCGUCCGUGAGUGAUGAGCUCGACUGGCACUGUAGCGCAUCUUAAAAUGAUUAAACCGCCGCCACAUCAACUGCAAACCAUUUAUUCUUUAACUGGAUUUUUCACACAUUCAUGGUUAAUAUUUAACAUUCGCAGAGAGGAAACUUCUGACUGCACACGUUGCUGAAAUUAAGAUGGACUGUUAUGGACUGUGUGUGUGUGUGUGUGUGUGUGUGAGAGUGUGUGAAAUAUAAGGAUUGCCAUUUUUAUACAGAAACACUUUGAUCAGCAGAGUUUAGGCUUUGUCAGAUGUGGUUAUUUCUUUGUGUGCCAACAGGAUUCCCCAACAUUCCUUCCACCUUUGGUUCCCUAUUUUUACAUCCUCCGCAGGUCGUCCAACACGCCCACCCUUCACUUAUAACCAACUUUAUUUCUUCAGUUGUCUGUUUUAAAUAAAUAUAUACAGUACUGUCUUUUUCCUCUGUCUUCUAACAAUCUCCCUCCACAUCUGUCUUUUGGUCACUUUUUAAAAACCCCCCUCUUCAUAUACAAGGAAGUGAGAUGUUUCAGAGAGUACUGUACAUGUAUAGUGAACUGCGAGGAGGGGGACGGAGUAAAGCGCUGAGAAAUGCAAUUGUUAAUUCCUCUUUGAAAAGCAUUAAGAUGUAUUUAAUGGUGCAGACAUACACAACAAAUUACUAAAAAAAAAUGAUGAUGCAUUCUUGUAGAAAUAUUUUUAAAAGACCCUUUUGCAAUUAAAUUAUUUAAGAAAUGUGA